CGUUCAGCGGCACGAGAAGAGCAACGGAGAAAAAAAGAGGAGACAAGAUUGGAGAACGCAAUCCAGUCGGAAAGAGAGUGCUUUCUUCGUGAAUCGGUGACGGUGAAGGUCCUCGUAUAUAAGCAACUGCCGGUACUGGAAUUGUCAGUGUGAGCCCAUCCCAUCGAGAACUAGAUCUAUCUAUACGCCCACGAAUCCGGAUAACCAUGUUGCAACUAUUGUUGCUCGCUUUAACCGUGGCCGCCGCGAGGGCCACUCAUUUUUCUUCUCUGGAAGGCCAUGGUUUCGUCAGUGAGCCGAAGCUCAUCUCGCAAUCGGUUCAUCUGAAAGAGAUACCGACCAAAGUGAUCAAGGUUACCAAAACGGCCGUUAUCAAAGUUCCAGUUCCUUAUCCAGUCAAGGUGCCCCAUCACAUACCCGUCCCGGUGCCGGUGAACCAUCCGAUCGCCGUGCCGUACACGAAGGUAGUGAAAGUCCAGGAACACGUGCCAGUUGAGGUGUCCAAGCCGGUCCCGAUCGCGAUUCACCAGCAGAUACCGGUAGUGGUGCCGAAAGCGGUCCCGAUCCCGCACCCGAUUCCGGUCCCUCACCCGGUAACGGUGAACAAGCCUAUCUACUAUCCGGUACCACACCCGAUCCCGUAUCACGCGCACAGCUACUACGGCGGCGGUGGCGGAGGCGGAGGUGGAUACGACUUACAGGAAGACCACGCCGAGCACGAGUCGCAAAACUAUCACACCUACACGGCGACGAACGAGGAACAAGAACAAGAUUUCAAACCCUCGCAGGAGGACUACAAUAAUCACCAUUAAAUCUUUCGUACGACUCGAUCGCUCCUGUUUGAAAAAUUCAAUGAAAACGUGGUUUAAAAAUAAUUCCAAAAAUAUGAUUCU